AUGAUAGAAAAUGACGACAGUGUGUCUGCGGCCGAUGCGCCAAAGACUGGCGAUCCAAAGGACCUAAAGGACUCGGACCUCCAGUAUAUACAAUACGAGCCCGCCAAGGAAGAGCAAUAUCUCCCCGCCAUCCGCCAACUAAUCUCCAAGGACCUCUCCGAGCCCUAUAGUAUCUAUGUAUACCGCUAUUUCCUGUACCAAUGGGGUGACCUUUGUUACAUGGCGCUCUCCCCCGCCAACACCCUAAUCGGCGUAAUCACAUGCAAGCUCGAACCGCACCGCUCAGGGACCUACCGGGGUUAUGUCGCAAUGCUCGCAACAAAGGAGGAAUAUCGAGGCCGCGGCAUAGCUACCAAGCUCGUUCGGUUGGCGGUCGACGCCAUGACUGCACGCGACGCCGACGAGAUAGUCUUGGAGACAGAAGUCACAAACACCGCAAGUCUAAAGUUGUAUGAAAGGUUAGGCUUUAUAAGAAGCAAGAGGCUACAUCGGUACUACCUGAAUGGCAACGCAGCGUUUAGAUUAAUUCUCUACUUGAAGGAAGGCACAGCCUUGAAAAGACCACAAUUCCCCGAGCACGGUGAGGCGCAUGGAAUGAGAAGACCGGAUGAUGCCGAGUUAUACUCAUAA